AUGAAAAACUUGACUAAAGGGAACUCUUUCUACCUGUCUGAAUUCUCUGGAAUGGAGGACCUGAAGUCACUGUACUUCUGCGUCUUCUUCUUCAUAUACAUGAGCAUCGUCGUGGAGAACGUCGUUUUGAUCGGGGUGAUUUAUCGUGAAAAAACCCUGCAUGAGCCGAUGUACGGGCUGCUGUGUAACCUGGCUUUGAACGGCGUGUACGGCGGCACGGCCCUGCUGCCCGGCGUGCUGGCCAGCAUGCUGUCGCACUCACACAAAAUAUCUGUGCCGUUCUGCCAGGUGCAGGUCUAUGCCAUACACACUUACGCCAUCAUUGAGUUCACCAUCCUGGCGGCGAUGAGCUACGACCGCUACGUGGCCAUUUGCCAUCCACUGUCUUAUCACAGAAUCAUGACGGAGAGGCUUGUUAAGCUUGUCGUUUUGAUGUGGUUUUACCCUUUGCUGGCUUUUCUCAUUGUUUUCGGCGUCACUGUGCAGCUGCCGUACUGCAGGAGAACCGUAGAGAAACUGUACUGCCUCAACUACCUGCUGGUGAGGCUGGCGUGCGCGGACACCACGAUCGCCAACACAGUGGGGCUGGUGUCUGUGGUCCUGUACACAGGGCCGCAGCUCAUCAUGAUUUUUUACUCGUACGGCCACAUCUUGAGGAUAUGCAUCACGUCGUUCAGUGAAUCCAAAUUCAAAGCCCUUCGGACCUGCACCCCGCACCUGCUGUCAAUAGUCAACUACUCUUUCGGAUGCUUCUUUGAAAUAGCGCAGGGCCGAUUCGACAGCAGUCACAUGUCUUACCAGACCAAGCUGUUCAUGUCUCUUUACUUCUUAAUAUUCCCGCCGCUGCUCAAUCCCAUCAUCUAUGGUUUAGGCAUCGAGCUCAUCCGGCUGCGGCUCCUCAGGCUUUUCAGCAGAAAAAGCAGGCAAGUGCAAACAAAGUAG